AUGACCUAUUCUUCAUCAUCAUCUACCCCUUCACUUCUAAUGAUCAUAUGUUCAAUAUUUAUUUCGUUUUGUGUAUUAAAUACUUUGGCUUCAUCAUGUCCAUGUGCAUUGUUAUUACACGAACAAGAUGGUCAACAACAAACUCUUCCAUCCACUAAUACAGCGGCCGGUACCGACAAUAGUGAAGAUGAUAAUAUGACGGUUGAAAAUACCGAUUCAAAUGAACAACGAACUCAUUUAGCAUCAUUAUUUAGCGAAGAGUAUUUAUUUGAUCAACCAAUAUUAGAACAACAUCAAGAUCUUUCCUAUUAUCCUCUAGUACGUUCAACAAAAAAUAAUGCAGGAUUAUUUAACGCACGUAAACGUUAUAAACGACCAUCAUGGGCCACAGUCGGAAAACGAAGUUCAAUUCUUCUUGCCAAACGUCCAUCUUGGGCUCAAGUCGGCUAA